CUCUUCUCUAAACAAAGGGAAGGCUCCUCUCUCUCUCUUAUUGUUUUUGACAAGGAACAAAGACCUCCUCUUCAUCGUCUUCUAAGUAGAAACAUUUGCUGUAAAAAUGGGGUCUGAAACAUUUCUAGAAGUGCUCCUAGCCAUUCUUCUUCCCCCUGUCGGAGUUUUUUUGCGAUAUGGAUGUGGGGUGGAAUUUUGGAUCGAUUUGUUGUUGACGAUAUUGGGCUAUAUACCGGGUAUUAUCUACGCAAUUUAUGUGUUGGUGGGAUAACCCUUGUCAAAAAAAUAAAUAAAGUGCAUUUUAAAGUUUUUUAUUCGUCAGGAGAUUCAAACAGCAGAUUAGAAAUAUGUUUUGAGUCGAAUGUCUUUAACAAUAAUGUUUAUCUUUCAUGGUCCUUUACCUUCUAUGGUCGCUUGCGUUAAUUAAAGAUUUGUGUAUGGUUUGGA